CGUGAGUGCUCCCCAGCCUCUGCCUGUGCUCCCGCCUGAGAGACCAGGCAGCAGACAAUCCCUGGAGCCCGGGUCCAGCCUAGUGUCUGAAUCGCAAAGUGGUUCAAAGACUGAGUCACCCCGAGGAGCAGAGAAAUCCGAGGUAUGAAGAACAGUGAACUUCCUGGUUCCCUCUCCCCGCAAGUGAGACGGGAGCCCAUGGACAUCCAGCAGCAGCAGGAGCAGUCCCCUCGGGUCAUGAGCUCAGACAAGGAUGGGACUCAUCUGCACCAUGGAGGGCAGGCCUGUAGCUCUCCCGCUGGGAGAUGCCAAGUCAGAGUCCCUGAGUACUCACCGUUUGCCCAGGGAUGGGACUUCUGUGAGGCCACAGCCGCUGGGCGGAGGGAUGCAGGAAUAAUGUCCAGCACUUCCGGCUCAGGCACUGUCUUCCUGAAGGACUUUCCUUGGGCAACAGCUCAGACCUCACUCCUGCUUCUUCUGGGACUUCUCCUGCUGACUGCUCUUGGUUUCAUCUGGAAACUUCGCCGAGAGAAAGAUCGAGAAUGCUGGACCAAAGAACAACUCCAAAGAGAGCUCCGCUGGAGAAAAGCCCAGAAAGUGGAUGACUGGAAAAAAGCUCGGUCCUAUGCUGCUCAUGUGACUCUGGAUCCAAAUACUGCCUUCUUUGAACUCUUUCUGUCUGAAGAUAACCAAAGUGUGAAGCGGAGAAACUUGUGGCAGAAUCUUCCUGAAAAACCUGAGAGGUUUUCUUUUGACCCUUGUGUGCUGGGCCAUAGGUCCUUCUCUUCGGGGAGACAUUACUGGGAGGUAGAAGUGGGCGACAGGACUUACUGGGAGCUGGGGGUUUGUGAGGAAAACGUGGAUAGGGCUUGGGGGAUCACAGAAUCACCUCAGAAUGGAUUCUGGGCUGUGGAACUCUAUGCUAAUAAGUACCAGGCCCUCACCUCCCCUCGGACUGCCCUCCCCCUGAGUGAGCCCCCCAGCCGGGUGGGGGUCUUCUUGGACUAUGAAGCUGGGCAUGUCUCCUUCUAUAGUGUGGCUGAUGGGUCCCACAUCUACACUUUCCCCCAGGCCUCCUUCUCUGGGCCUCUUCGGCCUUUCUUCUGCCUCUGGUUCUACCACCCAACCCCUCUGACAAUCUGCCAUUGAACCCAUCUGUCCCCAUCCUUUCUCUCAGUUGAACAUACAAGGAUGAACUCAUCAUUGGGACUGAGAAGUCACAUUUCUGGGGACAAUGCCCCCAAGGCUCCAGCUGAGCCAGCAGGGAAGGCUGAGCCCCCCUGGCCUUUUCUGCAGAUAAAGACUGGAGACAGUUUAUAAUUCUCCAUAGUUGAGUGGUUCAGAGGCCAAAAAGGAUAAUGCAACACCAUAGAAUGUUGUCAAGAGAGGCUGGUGUUGCCAUCCCAGCUGAAAACUGAAAAAGGAACCCCUAGAGAAACCAGAGACAAGAUACUGAUGGAAAGACUACCUGGGUGGAGUGUGAUCUCUGGUCUUGAGCUCCUUAUCUUUAACGUCUGCAUCACAGAACAGCUGGAAGCUGAAUCUGGAUGGCGCUUGGCUGUUUUCACCCUCUUUUCAUACAAAGACUUUAUUUCAUUUUGACCCACAUGCAUCCUGGGGAGAGACUAAAUAAAGUUCACAGAGAAAAGUCACUUCUCCAGAUCACUCUGUUGGUCUGGGACUUGAUGGCACCUUCAACAUUUUUACAUCUAAUGCCAAUCAUAGUGCCUCUAAGAGCCCAAUCAUUCCUUAUAAAGCAAUUGUAAUGACCCUUUCAAUGACGCUUUUCACCCCAGAUCCAAGAUUUACUUUUCUAGUUUGUGAAUUUGUUUACUGCUCCUUUCCCUAAUUAUCUUCCUACCUUUAGACUGUAGUUAAGUGCAUAUUAAUUUUUUUCUAUGCUUUAUGCAAAUACACACACACACACACACACAGAGUUUUUCUAAUGAAAAUUGGGCUUUGUUAUAUAAUUGUCCCAUGACAUGCUUCUUUUACUUAAUACCAAGUCUUGGUGGCUCAGGCGGUAAAGCAUCUGCCUGCAAUGCAGGAGACCUGGGUUCAGUUUCUGGGUUGGGAAGAUCCCUUGGAGAACGGAAUAGCAAACCACUCCAGUAUUCUUUGGAGAAAGA